UUAAUACCAUUGACAAUUUUUUUUUUUUUUUAAUUUUGAAAUGGAUAUUAUUGACAAAUUAACACUGGCUUGUGCUUUUCCAGUUCGAUACGUUCUUUUUAUUUUUUGGUACUCAUUGAUAAAAUAGAAGGGCAGGUUUUGUUGGCCAAAAAUCGGUCCUGUUCGGUCGGGCAGUCGGAAAUCGAGGCUCGGACAACGUGCAUCGUCUUGCUCUAUGCCCUACAUCACCCACUCCUUUCAGCUUUUCUGUACCUCGAAUCUUCGGACCCUGAUUCACUCUCCGAUUCCGACUCUUCCUUGCUUCUUCUGCUGAACAUAUCCCUUCUUUCAGGAAGGGAAACAAGAAAAAAGGAAAAUGGCAGAUGGAGAUGAGGAUUUGCCCAGGGAUGCAAAGAUUGUUAAAUCACUGUUGAAAUCAAUGGGUGUGGAGGACUAUGAACCUCGUGUCAUACACCAAUUCCUGGAGUUGUGGUAUCGAUAUGUUGUGGAUGUACUCACAGAUGCACAGGUUUACUCGGAGCAUUCAGGCAAGGCUGCAAUUGAUUGUGAUGAUGUCAAGCUUGCCAUUCAGUCCAAAGUUAAUUUCAGCUUUUCUCAACCCCCACCUAGAGAGGUUCUACUCGAGCUGGCUAGAAACAGGAACAAAAUUCCAUUGCCGAGGUCAAUUGCAGGACCUGGUAUUCCACUUCCUCCUGAACAAGACACUUUAAUAAGCCCAAACUAUCAACUGGCUAUCCCAAAGAAACAAUCUGCCCAGGCAGUCGAAGAAACAGAGGAAGAUGAUGAAGGUGUUGACCCCAAUCCACCCCACGAACAAAAGAUGGAUAUGCCACAGCAUACUCCACAGAGAGUAUCCUUCCCCCUUGUUAAACGUACCAAGUGAGACGUUCCAUAGUAGCUAUCGAGUAUCUUAGCUUUUGUCAGUCCAGACAUUAUUUAACUGUGCACUAUACUGAUGAAUUUAUGAGAAUGGAUAUUGUUCAAGAUA